AUUCACUUAAUCAAAUUAUAAUAAUGUUAAUAUAAUUAUUUCAUAUAUUAAUAAGCAAUGAAUAGAAAUGGAAUAAUAAAAGAAAAAUCAACUACUUCAGAUUCAAUUGAUAAUCAGCAUAGAAUUACUACACCUAUACAACCAACAUUACGUACACGUAGUAUAUAUCUUGUUUAUCCACCACCGGUAAAAUAUGAUCCAAAUCCACCACCUAGAAUUAAUCCAUAUUUUUAUUCGAAACAAGCUAAAAAUAUGCUAGCUGAAACAACGGUUGCUAGUAAUUAUAUUCAUGAAAGAGCCAAUCAUAUGUUAAGAAGUGAAUAUGAUAGAUAUCAUCAUUAUUAUUCUAAUUAUUUUUAUGGAAAUAUGCGAGAGAAAGAAGAUUAUCGGAAAUAUAUACGUGAAGGAUUAAAACAACAAAUGAUGGAUAAGAUGAAACGAAAAAAAGAAGAAUGGUUAAAUAAAUCAGCAGAAGGCAAACAAAUUGAAAAUGAUUGUCAAAAAUAUUUUCAUAAUAAGAUGAUAAAUGAACAAAAGAAACGUGCCUUUUUACUCACAUUCAGAGAUAUGAAUAAAAAGAUUAUGGAAGAGAAUGAAAGAAUUAGAAAAGUUGAAAGAAGAAAUGAAAUUGAAGAAGACAGAGAGCAACUAAAAUUCAAUCCUAUCAACUGGAGGCAAACAUUAACAUAAAAACUAGUGAAAAUUAAAUUACUGUAAUACCACAGACACAUUUAUUUACUUAUUCGUCUGAAAAUUUAUAUUAUCAAAGUUAGAAUUCUCUAUAUAAAUGAAAAUGCGAGUUUAUGAAAAGAUAUAACAGAAAAGCAUAUAUAUGUAUAGUUAUGAAAAGAGAGGAUUCAGUCUACUGAUAAGCACGAUAUUUUGAGACUCAACAGUAUGAAAUGUAUACUACGACAAAAUCUCAUAUUAAUGUAAUGAAAUCCUAACCAUGUGUAAUUAAGCUUGAUAAUAU